AUGGGCAAAAGCCAAUCAAUCCCAGAAGGUCCUCCUCUGAGGAUUGUUAUGAUUGGCAAAACUGGUGUUGGGAAGAGUGCUGUUGGCAAUACCAUCGUGGGUAGAAAGUCUUUUCUGUCUGAAGUGAGUCCAGAGUCAGUGACAGAGACCUGUGAAUCAGAUCGAAUUUCAGAAUGCUCCAGAAAGAUCACUGUGAUUGAUACACCAGGCAUUCUGGAUACAUCCAAAAGUGCAGAUGCCAUAAAGGAAGAGAUUGCAAAAUGUAUCCACAUGUCCUCUCCUGGGCCUCAUGUCUUCCUACUGGUCCUUCAGAUCGGCAGGUUCACAAAGGAAGAACAAAACUGCGUGGAUGCCUUGGAAAAGCUGUUUGGACCUAAGGCAUCAAGUUACAUGAUUGUCCUGUUCACUCAUGGUGACAAAUUGACUCAAGAUGGAAUGACCAUACAAAAUUAUUUGAAUAGAAGUGACAAGAAACUCAAAGCCUUGUUAAACAGGUGCGGUGAAAGGUAUCAUGUCUUUAAUAAUAAUGAUCAGAGCAGAUCUCAGGUGGUUGAGUUGAUCAACAAGGUUGAUCAAAUGGUUCAGCUAAAUAAAGGAACAUACUACACUGAUGAAAUGUUGAAGAAAGCAGAGGAGAUUCUGAAACAGAGUGAUGACAAAAAAGAAACAGCUUUAACUCACAGCAUGACCUUCAUGUUUCAGCUGCUUCAAAGAAUCUUGUUGUUUCAGGCCAUACUGGCUAAUGAACAAGACAGUGAUCACUCCUCUGACUGA